UGUUUGACUAAAGUUGGACCCUUUAACCGUGUCUAGAGCGUUGAUCUAUCACAUCCAAGAGUUAUAAUUCAUUCAUAUUUCUUUCACUAUCUCUUUUUCUUAUACGAUGACUUAUCUACUCGGGUGAACUUGGACUAGUAGCAAAAUAUUUGAGUGCCACUGCCACGUCGAUUGACAAUAAGCAGUAUCGCCAAUGCCAAGUGCCAAGGACAUCGAUUUGAAAUGCCGAACAGCACGCCCCUAAGUUUUAUCCCCUUUUAUUAAAAAAGUUCAAGUUGAUAGGGAAUCUCGACUCCCCCACUCCCGUUAAAGUUGGCAUUAUCCCAGCAAAUUCAACCAUGCACUACUCUUCUCCUACUCUCAAUAAAACUCAAUCUCAAUCUGCUGUGUGUUCAACUUCUCCAUUGCCCUACGCACAACCGGCAAUGGCCGCCCCCGACGCCUCCCCUCGCCGCCUCGACCUCCCUACCCACCACACCGCCCCCUCCUUCUGCCGCCGCCUCCGCUGGACCGGAGUCAGGCCCCUCCCCCUCCUCGCCUGCGCCGCCGUCGGCCUCCUCCUCCGAUUCGCCGUCCCCAGGCCUUCAGCCGUCGAGCCCAAGGCCUGGUCCCUCCUCGCCAUCUUCAUCGCCACCGUCGCUGGGCUCAUCCUCAGCCCCCUCCCCGUCGGAGCCUGGGCGUUCGUCUGCCUCACGCUCACCGUCGUCACCAGGACCCUCACCUUCGCCGCAGCCUUCUCCGCCUUCACCAACGAGGUAAUUUGGCUGAUUGUCGCCUCCUUCUUCCUCUCCAAGGGGUUCGUGAAGACGGGGCUCGGGGACAGGGUCGCCAUGUUCUUCGUCAGGUGGCUCGGGAAGAGCACGCUAGGGUUGUCGUACGGCCUGGUUCUCGGUGAGCUCGCGAUUUCACCGGGGAUGCCAAGCUCCACGGCCAGGGCCGGUGGAAUUUUUCUGCCAAUUAUUAAGUCCUUGGCUCUGGGCGUCGACAGUAAGCCCAAGGACCCGUCGUCUAGGAAGCUCGGAGCUUUUUUAAUUCAAUCCCAAAAUCAGUGUAACAACUGCACAAGUGCUCUUACUCUGACGGCAGCAGCUCAAAACUUGUUGUGCAUCAAAUUAGCUCAAAGUCUUGGAGUGGAUGUUCCAAACCAGUGGGUCACUUGGCUGAAGGCGUCUUGCGUGCCAGCUCUUAUUGCUCUUUCAGUGACUCCAAUCAUUGUAUAUAAGAUAUAUCCACCUGAGAUGAAAGUCACUCCAGAUGCUCCUGCAUUGGCGAAAAGAAAAUUGGAGCAGAUGGGUCCAAUGAAGAGAGACGAGUGGAUCAUGAUAGGAACCUUGCUUCUGACUAUUGCAUUAUGGAUUGCAGGACAAGCUCUCAACAUGCCAAGCGUUGUAGCUGCCAUGAUAGGCCUAUCUGUACUAUUACUCUGUGGGGUACUCAAUUGGGAAGACUGCUUGAGUGAGAAACAAGCGUGGGACACUCUAGCUUGGUUCGCUGUCUUAAUCGGCAUGGCUACCCAACUCACGACUCUUGGGGUUGUUCCAUGGAUGUCUAAGUCUGUGGCUGGCUUUCUUAAAUCAAUCUCGGUUAGCCGGUUUGGUGCAUUCGGCAUCCUCCAGACUUGUUAUUUCUUCAUCCACUAUUUGUUUGCCAGUCAAACAGCUCAUGUGGGUGCUCUGUACUCUGCCUUUCUUGGUAUGCACCUUGCGGCGAGAGUUCCGGGUUUGUUGGCUGCUUUGGCUUUGGCUUACAACACAAACCUUUUUGGCGCGUUGACUCAUUAUAGUAGUGGUCAAGCUGCUGUUUAUUAUGGAGCCGGUUAUGUAGACCUUCGAAACGUGUUUUUAUUGGGUAUAGCAAUGGGCCUAAUACAAAUCGUGAUAUGGGCGUUAGCUGGAGCUGCAUGGUGGAAGAUUUUGGGACUUUAUUGAGAUGGAAUUUCAUUGAGCAACUAACAGGUUUUAAGUAUAAGACUCAACAACUAGUCUGAGUCUCAAGAGUAAAAGGGCUUGAUUGUUGAUCAAUAAUAGAAGAAUUUUCAAUUAUACUUGUUUAUUUAUCUGUAAAAACUUUUUUCUUCAAGCUGACAGAAACUACCUCUCUUAGUUUCAAAAGAAAAUUAUGUACAUGAAAGUUUAACUUGUUGAAAAGUACAAGCUUUAUGAGCAAUCGAUAAUUUUAUGGCCCGAGACUUUGUUUAUUGUCUUCAUUUUCAAUUUGAUUUAUGUAACAUUUUUUACUUGGUGAUUAUAGUGCAUCUUUAGGCAUAUGUAUGUUCAGUUCUUUUGUCCUGAACAGAUAUUUUGUCCGCU